AUGGGGGGAAAAUGUAGAAGAAAACGACCAUUAUCUCAAGAAUGCUUAACUUUCAAAACAGGAAAAACAGCACCAUUCAACUCAAGUUACUCAACUGACAAGCACGACGCCACUGUCUUAUUCUCCAAUGCCUUCAUAUUAGCCUCGCGUUCAGCCGACGUCUCCUCUGGAGCUUCGCGUGUCACCAGCGUCUCUUCCAUUCUACAACAUCGUAUGUCCCCGGAGCAUCCUCCACGACUUUGUGUGUCACCAUUAAAAAGAAUGACAACUGUUAUCGCAUAUCCUGCUUUCCGAUUUUAUGUUUGUGUCACUGUCGGUGUUGCAUCGCGUGUGGUGGUGGACUAUGGACGCCAACACAGAAAAGAAAAGACAAGGACCAGAUCGGUACGUGUAACUUCUACGGAGGGAACGGCGCAACACUAA